UGCAUAGAGAACAAGUAUAAAAUAAAUCCAACGACAAAUGUAACCUUACUCUUCAACAAACGUAGCAGCGGUAAAGAUUUGCACGACAACAAUAUAAAGUUCGAUUCGCCUGAACAACAAAACUAAAUAUCCCCAAUGACGUAUAUCCGGGUAAUUCCCGAUCUCAAAAUAUCUGUAUCGUUUACCGUAACCUAAGCAACAGGAAAUUCGAAGUAUAAUGUAAGACAGCACGAGCACAGCCUUUAUGGAGGUAGUUAGUAGCUUUAUUCGUGUACUUAAAGCAAUUUGUAAAUACUUAAGUGAUUGGUAAUAGUGAAUCAGCUUUACAGAGAAAGCGUCGUGAUGUUUUUUGAGAAAUGCAUUUCAAAAAGAUUUGAUGUCGUAAUAAAUUGCAGCGUAGAACAUAUAUUUCAUCCGUAUUUUGUAUUGGGGUAGUCAAGUUUACACUAGUAGCCAAGACGAUUAGUGGUUUUUCACAAGCUUUGGUGUACUCAACACUAUGGAGCAGCCUGAUCCAACACGAGUCGAAGUGAAAAACUUUCCACCCGGCUUUAGCGAUUUCAAGUUAAAAGCUCAACUUGAAGCAGAAAAUAGAUCAAUUACGAUUACUGCAAAGAAAGAUAUUGACGGCAACAAAAUAUUGGAACUUCUCUUUCCAAACUUACAAGAUGCAAACCAGUUUGUUGAAAAAGGUUUACAGGUUAAUUUUGGUGCUGAAACUUACAAACUUUCAUGUUGUGUGGUUCGCAAUGAACAGGCCCAAGAAAUAGUGUAUGAUUUUCCUAAAACACAUGUACAGCAUGAUAUUAUAGUAGAUGAUAAAAAUGCACCAUAUACAUGGUCUUCAAUGCUGGAACAAUAUGGAAGAAUGCCGAUAGCUGCUGGAACAAAGUGUAUAGUACUGGCUGAUACAACACAGACCAGUGACAGCCAGAUGCUCCAACUUUACUUUGAAAAUACAAAGCGUUCGGGAGGUGACAAAAUUAAGAAUAUGAUAAAAAUGGUGGAUGGUAUCCUUAUACAAUAUGUGGAUGAUACAGUGGCUGAAAGGGUGGCAAAGAAAAAGCAAAGUUUCAACGAUCAAGACAUGCCAACGUAUCUGCGUACUGUUCCUCAUAUGAGCACAAAUAAAAUUAUAUUAGAGAAUGUUCCAGAAGGCACACAGCAGGGCACAAUAAUGCUGUUCUUGGAAAAUUGUGACAAACCACUGGAAAGAGAACCACAGGAUAUUAUUAAAGGUCACAAAGAUGGCCAGUACAUGGUUAUCUAUGAAAACUCAAUGGACUUAAAGCAAUUUUCAAGAAAAAUUGAGCAAGAAAAACUUGAAAAACAUUACAUCAAGACAAAGUUUGUAACAGGAACAAACUGUGUUCAAAUUCGAGGUGAACUAAAAUCUUUGAGUAAUGAUGCAAUCCGACUAAACAUGGAGAAUUUCAAGCGAUCAAGAGGUGGAGAAGUUACUCUUGUUCAACGAUGUGGUGAUAAGAUUGCCCUUGUGCAUUUUGCGGAAUGUCAAGUUGCAGAACGUGUUGUACAAACCUGGGCCGAAAAUCAGUUUACCAUCAAUAAAAUUCCUCAUACAGUUACAUUUUACUACCAUUGUCUCUUCAAUGAUCACCUGAAGUUAAAACCUGAUGUUUAUUCUUCAGUUAAGCAAACAAAACCUUUUCCAAUACAAGAAAAAGGAACCUCAGCAAUGAAGAAAAACAACAAAUGUCACCAAUCUCUUGUUUUUGUUCCCAAGUUACCAGAGGCUAUUGAUUUUAUUAAAAACAGUCAACCUCAUUAUGCAAUCUUUGAAAAUAUGUUUGACAAGGUUGCAAAUGUAAAAUGCCAGUUUAAUGAACAAAGGAAGCUUACUGGGAUUGUUGUGACACCUAAACCCGACCAGAAUUUACCGGAUGAAUUUGAGGAAGAAUGCCGGCGUAAGUUUGAAAACUUUUUCGACAGUUUUGCCUUAAAAAAUGUGUUGUUUGAUGCUCAAAAACUGUCUCAAUUAAGAAAAAGGAACAACUGGAAAAGUGAUGAAGAAUUUAUUGAACUUCCAAGCGAAGGAGGCACAGUUGGUGUCUAUAUAAAGUGGAAAUCAAACAUGGUAGAGAUAAUCGGUUUAAUUAAUGAUGUGAGGAAGGCUCAGCAAAUAUUACAAGAACUUAACAAGGUCGAAAUCCACGUUCAGAAAUUCAAACAAAGAGAUUUUUGUAAACUAAGUGAAACUGGUUGUCUUGAAAGAAUUGGUUCUAAACAAAAGGGAAAAGUGAAAGUUAAUGCUGUAAAAGCCACACAUAGUUUGGAGUAUGUUGGUCCAAAAGAGUAUUUACAACCUGCUGUAACGGAUACAAUUAUGCAAUUGCAAUAUUUGGAGGAAAAGAAGAUAAAGGAUAUCGGAGAAAAGGAAAAAAGAUAUCUUGAGGCGGUACUUGAACAUUCAGAAUCAGGACAUGGUAUAAAUAUACGGGCAAUCAUUCAGGCCAAGUUUGAAGAAAGGGGUGUACGAGCUUCCCUACACUUGAAAGAUGAGGACAUUGUGUUGUAUUAUCACAAUGAGAAGGGUUACAUAGCUGCAGUUGGCAUAAUCAAGACACUGGUGUCCAGUACUUAUAUUUCAAUUGAUAGACCGGCUCAGAUAAAUGCACUGAUGACUACUGAAUGGAAAAACCAGCAGCAACAACUUUGUACAACUGGAUCAAGGCGGAUUUUUGUUGAUAAACAAGCAAAACAAGUCACAAUAUCUGGAUUAACAAUUGGCCUUAAUGAAGGAAAACUGAAGGUUUUGGAUUUUCUGGAAAACAAUGAAGUACGGAUGGUUCAGAUAAAUGCCUCUAAACUUAUCCAACGAUAUUUUCUUGAAUUUGAUAAAGCCACCCAGCACAAACUUGAAGGCAUGAACACAAAGUAUCAAAAAUCCGAAGGAAAUAGCAUUUGUAUAGAAGGAAAGAAAAUUGGUAUUGUUGCAGCUCAAAAAUUGAUUUCUGAACAACUGGCAAAAUAUGUCGAGUUAAAAUGGAACAUUCAUGAUCCUGGGAUGCCAGAACACUUUAGAAGUGAGCAAGGGAAAAGGUUCUUGAGAGACACUGAAUUAAAAACCAGCUGCGUCAUUGAAACCAACCCUGAAACCGAGAAGCAUACAAAUGGAAAAAGCUUCAUCGCUGAAACUGCUGUACCGAUCAAGCCAAUGAUCUCAGUUCAAGUAACAAACUCUAGAGCAAUUAUUAAUGUAUUGAAAACUGAUAUCACACAACAUGAAUGUGAUGCAAUCUUAAAUGCUUCUAACCCAGAACUAGACCUUCUUCCUGGAGGUAUAUCUGGUGCAAUUCAAAAAACAGGGGGAGACAAGAUUCAGGAAGAGAUGCAUGCAGUGAUAAGCAAACGGGGAAAAUUGUUUCCUGGCGAUGCAGCUAUUACUGGAGCUGGUAAAUUGAAAACCUGUAGGUUUAUUAUUCAUGCUGUGGGACCAAGGUGGGCUGAGCACAGCCACAGCACAUGUUGCAAAUAUCUUCAGUCCUGCAUAAACUAUGCUAUGCAAGAGGCAGAAAGUAAACGUCUUCGUUCUAUUUCCAUACCUGCGAUAAGUUGUGGUGUGUUUGGUGGCGUUCCAUCUGUUUGCAUUCCACUCAUUGUCGAUACAGUCUUGGAUUAUUUUAAACAAAAAAGAAACAGUAGCAUCACACGGGUAGAUUUUGUUGAAAUGACAACGGAUUUGAUUCUAGUGAACUUUGUAAAUGCACUUGGUGUUUUACGAGAGGUUGAAUACAAUCAACGAGGUGCAAUUCCUAAAACACGCUCUGUAAAAAAUCAAAUUGUAGUUGGGCAUAAAGGAGUCAUCAGUCAAAGUGACACACUUACACUUGGCAGUAUUUCCAUCUCUGUGAGCCAAGGUGACCUUACACUUGACAACUCUGAUGCCAUAGUAAACAGUACUAAUCCACAGUUUGAUUUAACCCAGGGCAUGAUAUCACAAGCGAUACUUAAAAAGGGAGGGCGAACUGUACUGAAUGAAUGUAAAAACCAGCAAGGCCAAUGGAAUUCACCAAGAAUUCGAGUAACUUCCGGAGGAAAACUGCAAUGUCGUUAUGUAUUCCAUAUUGUUACUCCAAACAAUACAAAGCAGAUUACUUCAGUUCUGCUAGAAGUGUUUACUAUUGCAGAUAAGCUUGGGUUAGCCACACUUGCACUUCCUGCUCUUGGUACUGGAAACCUUGGUAUUGAAAGUUUGAGAAUUGCACAGUGCAUACGUGGUGCCAUCAAAGAAUAUGUGGAUUCAAACACUCCAGCAAACUUAAACACAAUAAAAGUUGUGAUCUUUGAACAAAGCAUGGUAGCUGAGUUUCGUCAGGGUCUGUUUGCUGAUGUAAAACAAAAGGGGAAACUUAAGGGUUUCUUUGGAGGUCUCUGGAGUGCGUUUACCGGGGUGGAAACUGAAGAGCAAAUGACUGAGCUUGAUCCAAAGAAACAAGUUUUGUUUUACUUUUGCGCUGAUAACAGAUCCAACAUAGAAAAGGCAAAGAAGGAAAUUAUUGCUCAUAUCAAAGAUAAUUCCGCAAGCCAACCACUGGAAGAUGAAGUUAUUUCUCGCCUUGAAGAUGAAGACAAAAAUGAGAUUAUGGCACUUGAAAACAAGUUUAACGUUGAGAUUAAGGACGUCAGCAACAUGUAUGUAAUGAGAUAUGUAAUAAAGGGAUUGGAAAAGGAUGUGCUCAAAGCCAAACAUGCAGGCCAAGAAAUAAUCCGAGUUUUUAAAGAAGGAGAGACUUGUUCAAGAUAUGUGUCUUGGGAAUAUGUUGAUGUCAGAACCAAAUCAAUAGUCAAAUUCAGUAAUCGAAAUAAUGCAGCUUUGGAAAGAGCAUUUGGGCUCAACAAAUCUGGAAACGAAACUGUAAUGACACAAGAUGGGCAAAAAAUUAAAGUCAAUUUUAAAAACUCUACGGCCGUAUACGUUCAUUCUAAUAAAACAACAGAAGUUGCAAGACGAGAGAAAAAUGAUGAUGUGCCAAGCAACUGGGUACCUAUGCAAAACAUGGCAAUGACUAAAGUUCCCAUAAAACCCGGGACACCAGAAUACAAUCAAGUCAUGGCAAAAUUCAAUGCAAGCGGGCCUUUUGAUUUCCAAGUCCAACCAGUUGGAUUUGGUAAUGCCAUGAUCAGGACAUCAUCUGGCCGUGCGCAACAGAAACUGCAAAUUCGAAAUUUGCCUCCAAAAGUGGUGUCGUUGGAGAGGAUUCAACAUAAGUCACAGUACAAACAGUUUGUUGCAAAGAAAAAUGAAGUUGAAGCGCGAAUGAAGAAAGACAAUGUCCAAAUGGAAGUUGUGAAAGAAUUAUUUCAUGGAACCCCGUUUGAUGUGGCAGAAAAAAUCUAUGUGCAAGGGUUUGACCGAAACUUUGCUGGAGCAAAUGCAACUGUUUAUGGAAAGGGUGUGUACUUUGCUGUGAACGCCACUUACUCCAGUAGAUACGCUAAGCCGGACCCAAACAAUUCGAAUCAUUGCAAAAUGUUUCUUGCUGAUGUGGUAACUGGAGAGUAUUGUGGAGGCAGUGCAAACAUAAUUGCUCCUCCUGCACGACAAAGUGCUUUAAGUAAAUCUGAGUUGUAUGACAGUGUUGUGGAUAAUUCGUCAAAUCCAACAAUCUUUGUAGUUUUUAAAGAUGCUAGUGCUUAUCCGAAGUAUCUACUUACCUACACUUCAUAAACAAUGGAACACUACAAUUAAAAUUAUGUUGUGGUCUUAAACUUGCACAAAUGUAAAAAACUACACAUAUAUCAAACUUGUAUAUCUGCUUUUUUUAUUACCAUUUUCUAUACAGUAAGGGUUGGGUAAGACGGGACACCUUUAGCAUAUAAUAUCCAAAUAUCCUGAUCGUGUUUUAUAGAACCAACAAUGGUCUAUGGGAGUUGUGAAAAUAGGGGUGUAUAAGUCUUUAAUUGUUGGACAAUGUGUCCCAUCUUCCCCCACCAUACUAUAUAACUACUAUAUAACAUUUGUUUUGUACUUGUACAACAGUUGCACAUGAUCCGAAAGCAUAAAUAUGUCCAAAAUUAAAAUUUGGGAAAGAUUUACAUAUA